GUGUGUGUGUGUGUGCUGGCGACGGCUAACUGUACUGUACGGCUGCCUGCCCGCCUGCUCUGCCUCCGUGUUGGAUGUUGUUGUGGUGCGAACUAAAGCCGAAGUCGCCGUCACUUGUAACCGAUGGACGCGGCUAACCGCUCCACUUUGAGCUAAAUGUCGCUCGCUCCGACGGUUUCGGUUGCCGUUUUUUUCCGCCAGUUGGACGGAAUUAGCUAACGUUAGAGGGGCUACCACACACACACACACACACACAUACACUCUCUCUCACACACACAGAACCGCUUACCAAUGUUCGCCUAUCACGGUCCAUCUCGACCUCGUCGUCUCUCCCACAGACCCGGGUUGUUGUUCUCUCGCACCGCCUGUCAGUCGUUGAAGAGCAGGAGAAAGCGUCUUUUUUGUUAAACGUUUCUUUUUUUUUCUUUUUUCUUCUUCCUUCUUCUCAACUGCUCGCUGUCAUGCACUCGUAGAUAACAAGAGAGAAGAGUUGGUUUUUGGAGUUUUUUUGGGUUUUUUUUUUGUACAUUUUUUAAUUUUUAAAUUUUUUUUUUUCCUACCCUGGCCAAACUUGAAGAAGACGUGUUUUCCAGGCGGUGUUUUAUGCUCUCCAGUGCUGAAGUGCUGCGUUUCAGGUGAUAGUGAGCAGAGGUGCUGAGAAUGAUGGAACAUCUCAGCGAGACGUGUUUGGGCAAGGAGAACUCUGAGCUGGUCAACAGCAUGGCAGAGGCCAAGGCCCCGCCGGCCAAGCUGCCCCGGCUGGAGCAGAACGGCAGCCCCCUGGGUCGGGCCAGGCUGGGCAGCACCGGGGCCAAACUAGCCGGGGUCCCGUAUAAACCCACCGGCCACCUUCUGAAGACCUGCCACAAGAGAGGCAACAUGCUGCCUGUGUUCUGUGUGGUCGAGCACUACGAGAAUCCCAUGGAUUUCGACAGCAAGGAGGAGCAUGCCGAGUUCGUCCUGGUGCGCAAGGACAUGCUCUUCAACCAGCUCAUCGAGAUGGCCCUGCUGUCACUGGGCUACUCCCACAGCUCAGCGGCCCAGGCCAAAGGUAUGAUUCAGGUGGGGAAGUGGAACCCCGUCCCCCUGUCAUAUGUGACAGACGCACCAGAUGCUACAGUGGCUGACAUGUUGCAGGACGUCUACCACGUGGUCACGCUCAAGAUCCAGCUGCACAGUUGUCCUAAGCUGGAGGACCUGCCGCCCGAGCAAUGGAGCCACUCUACAGUAAGAAACGCCCUCAAGGAGUUACUCAAAGACAUGAAUCAGAGCUCUCUGGCUAAAGAAUGUCCCUUAUCACAGAGUAUGAUUUCCUCCAUUGUGAACAGCACUUACUAUGCAAAUGUGUCGGCGGCGAAGUGUCAGGAAUUUGGGCGCUGGUAUAAACAUUUCAAGAAGACAAAAGAUAUGAUGGGCAUGCGCCAACCCUCCCAGCUGGAGGGCUACCUGGGGACGUGUGUCCUCCGUGAGAGCCCGCGUGCCAAUGCACUAGAGAUGGAUGGCAUUUCUGACCUGUCUCCACCUGGCUCCAACCACAAUCACAACCACCUGGGCUUCUCCCAGCAGCAGCAGCCCAUCCCCGGCAGCACAGCAGAGCAGACUCCUUCCUCACCGGUGCCGCCACUGUCCCACGCUCCGCCGCCACACGGUGGCCAGACUGGCGGUCGACAGCCCCAGCUUCCCGGUCUGCACCACCCGGGCCUGGUGUCCACCCCUAUCAGCCCCCAGCUGGUGAACCAGCAGCUUGUGAUGGCACAGAUCCUCAACCAGCAGUAUGCAGUGAACCGGCUGCUGGCGCAGCAGUCCCUGUCGCAGCAGUACCUCAACCACCCACCUGUCAGCCGCAACUCCCACAGCAAGCCGAUGGAGCCACAGGUGGCAUCAAACACAGAGGUGUCCGUCGAGAUUUACCAGUGGGUGAGGGACGAGCUGAAGAGGGCCGGCAUCUCACAGGCCGUCUUCGCUCGUGUGGCCUUCAACCGAACCCAGGGCUUGCUGUCUGAGAUCCUACGCAAAGAGGAGGACCCUAAAACAGCGUCCCAGUCACUGCUGGUCAACCUGCGCGCCAUGCAGAACUUCCUGCAGCUGCCGGAGGCUGAGCGCGAUCGCAUCUAUCAGGAUGAGAGGGAACGCAGCCUGACGGCAGCCUCGGCAAUGGGCGCCGCCCCACUCAUCAGCACUCCACCCAGCCGACCUGUACAGCCCCGGAGGGAAGACUGUAACAGCGUGAGGCCUGAGGACUGGAAUCCCCGAAUCCCUGUGGGCAUUUCCCCUGUGAAACCGUCGCCUCUGCCCAGCGAGUGGAACGGCAAAACAGAGAGCUGCAUCCUCAACAUCAACUCUACCAUCUACGAUGAGAUCCAGCAGGAGAUGAAGAGGGCCAAAGUUUCCCAGGCGCUGUUCGCAAAGGUGGCUGCCUCCAAGAGCCAGGGCUGGCUCUGUGAGCUGCUGCGUUGGAAGGAGGAUCCCUCUCCGGAGAACAGGACGCUCUGGGAGAACCUCUCCAUGAUCCGCCGCUUCCUGAGCCUCGCCCAGGUUGAGCGCGACGCCAUCUACGAGCAGGAGAGCAGCGCCGGGCAGCAGCACCACAACGAGCGGCCGACGCACCUGAUGCACAUCUCCAGCGAGCAGCUACAGGCUCAGCCACCCCAGUCACAGCAGCAGCACCAGCCCUCCCUGUCCCAGCAGCACCCCUCCCAACCCCUUUUGUCCCAGCAGCCUUUGCAGCAACAGCAGCCCACCACCGGCCCUCGAUUGCCGCCUCGUCAGCCCUCCACCGCCUCUCCAGCCGAGAUGGAGGACGAAGGCAGCCGCGGAGGGAGCAUCAAGUCCCGCACCUGCGGAGGGAAGAUCUCCCUGGAGGCUCUGGGCAUCCUGCAGAGCUUCAUCCAGGACGUGGGCCUGUACCCCGAUGAGGAGGCCAUCCACACCCUGUCGGCCCAGCUGGACCUGCCCAAGCUCACCAUCAUCAAGUUCUUCCAGAACCAGCGCUUCUACGUCAAUCACUCAGCCAAGGCGCUCAAAGAGCCCAACAACAACAACAACAACAACGGCACCGCAGCCACCACCAACACCAGCAGCAGCAGCAGCAGCUCGGCCUUCGAGGAGGAGCUGACGGACUUCAGAGAGAGCGGAGAGCUGCUGAAGGAGCUGGACGAGAGCACGCAGACCAACAGCACCAUCUUCUCCAUCAAGAUGGAGGAGCAGCUGGCCCGAGGCGCCGAGGCCCAGUCAGAGAUAGAACACGAGGCCAAGGAGUAGGACCCCCCCUCGUCCCCUCCCCCAUCUGAACAUGUACUGAGAGUUUUCUUGUGCGCACACACAGACUGAUGACUGUGCUAAAUGUAACGCUCCGGCCGACACAGAACCACCACACCGCAAAUAAAGAAAAGUAGUGUUUUUAAUCAGCCUGGACUAUAUGAGGAGUGUUUAUAUAUAUCAGCUGCAGACUGACAGGCUAUGUGAAGCGAGUGUUCACACACUGGAGAGCCCAUUUCAGACUCAAGUACUACUUUUUGGAUUUUGUAAAACUUGUAUUAUUCACUGUAAAGACUGAUGCAUCAUUUAAAUAAUCUGCACAAAAAAUUAUUCUAAGUAUGUUGCCGUGGAUAUUUGCUGACUGCACUCUGUCUGUUGUUUUACACUGACUUACUUUAUCUUUUUGAGCUACUGAUUAUAUUUAAAAAGAACAAAAGUCUCCCUGGAGUUUGCUAGGACUUUGAUAGGUGUUUACGUACGUGCUGUUUAACUGGAUUUUUUUUAAAAAAUAAAUAAAUAAGCAAAUGAAAUCAAGGACCAAGUGGUUGACAAGGCCUUAAUUAUGAGGUAUCGAGUCUGGAGCCUGCUGGCAGAUUAGUUAUUCUUUUAAAAAGCGCAUAAUGUGAUUAUGGAUCACUCCAAACUCUGGAACGCGAUCACCCAGCCCAGGUGAAUCUCCGAGAAUAGCUCAGUCUUUACAUAUUAUUUGUUAGGGAGGAAAUAUAAAUAUAUAUAUAUAGACAUUAUAUUGUAACUGUAAAAAAAAAAAUACAGUCUUAAAGAAACUAUGCCAACAAAUGCCUUGUACUAUACGGCACUGCCGACGUUAGAUUAUUUUGCAAAACCUUUGUCACUGUAACUUUCUGAAUUGCCACACAGUUAGAAAUGUGAAUUACAUCAUGUUUAUGUUGUCCGACAUUAUUUAUUUGCAGUUCAUGCAGUGUUUCUGAUGUAAUUACUUUUUUUAAAAGUUUAUGUUGCGUAGAGCUUUUUUUUUCUUAAAAAAAAACUCCACCGAUCUUUUUUCUAUUUAUAAAUGUAAUUUCGAUGGGCAGUAAAAACAAAAAGUGUCUUAAACGUUUUAAAUGGAGAAAUGUGCUUUAAAGGUUGCCUAUAAAAAGUGCUGUAUGUCAACCAACUCAUGCUACAAGCUUCACAAUUAAUGUUGUAUGCAAUUUUUACUAUCAUGCAAAUAAGCUUAGGUAAAAUGACUAACCUAUAGAACACCUUAGAAAGAAAAACAUAUGCAAUCUGUGUGAAAAUCGAUGUCUGCGAUGUGUCUUCCUUUGGUUAACAAUCCAACUCAAAAAGCUAUUCCUGUAUAAAUAUUCUGUAUAAAAAGUGUUUCUUUUUUAUGAGUUUAUUUCAAUGAGAACACCAGUUAUUUUGUUACGACUGACUGUUUUAUAAGUGUUUCUCGGUUCCUUUCUGCAGAAAUGUUCUAACUAGAAGUGGUUAUUGAUUGUUAAUUACACAAUUAAACUGUUUGUAUUGUACCACAGAUUUUCUUGGCAUUACCUUGACCACCAGACGACGCGAGAGACGAAAAAAAAACAAAUGUGAAUAUCAGCUCCAGUCACUGACUCCAUCAGCUGCAGUCACUGAACACGUUACUUGUAAUAACUGUAAAUAUCACAUCUUAUGAAUCAUUGAUUGUUUAUUAUUGUAAAUACAUUUUGAAGUUUGUGCAAAGAGCUCACCGUAACAAAAAAAAACACUGAGAUCAACGUUCUGUCGUGCCUCUUCCUCUCAGACCGACUGUACCUGAGCUCUUCUACUGCUGAGUGUAUCUGAAGCACCUGUGAAAUCUGAAAUAAAUAAAUGUGAGGUGUGAACACCUGUAAAAGCA